AUGGGAAUCACGCUCAACUCACACCACAAGUGGCAUGUGCCCCACCAGCACGCGCCCAACUUCUUGACUUUGGCGAAUGCCACACUCGAUGAUGGACCGACACUGGUGCAGCGCUCGUCCGAGUCUUCUGCGACAUCGACUUGCAAGGCCGGAGACAACACAGGAACAUGCCAGAAGCCGACGACUGCUGGCAACACUACCAGCAUCAUCAUUGGUGUGGCCGUAGCAGUGCCCGUCGUGGUCGCUGCUCUCGUUCUCUUCUUCCUGCACAGACGCGUCAAGCGGAAGCACGCCCAAGAAGAUCGCGACGACAAAUACAAGUCCCUCGAUUUCGGCCUAGACACGGUGCCGUCCAAGGGCAGAGCCCACAAGGGUGUGCCCGAGAUGACCAUCACCGACAUGGAGAAGUCGACGCAGAACAUGAUGCACACUCGUGGUCUCUCGCUCGAUAUGCACACGCCUUACCUGCUGCCCGCCCAAGUCAACAGCUCGUCGUCGUCGCUCCGCUCAAUGUCUCGCUCAAUCACCGACGGCGAAGACCCGUAUCGUCCCGUGACAAUGGCCAGCGCCCGCUCCAGCUCCAUCCCUGACCGCUCUUCCUCGCGUCCCAAGCCUGGAAACGCCUCCGUCUACACCGACUACAGUGAACGCUCCGAGAACCUCAAUGCCGGACUUUUGAACAACGCCCAGCGCAUGUCUCGCUCCGACCCCUUCAUGGACCAGUCUCCUGACAGCAUCCACGCGCCCAACUAUCCUACUGGCCCUGCUCCAGUCCAGCGCUCGCACCCUGCUCCUCCUCCGCCCGCUCACAUGAACAACUCAUUUGCCGCAUCUGCCGCUCCUCGUACCAAGCCUGUCCCUCCAAAGCUGACCAUGCCCGACCCUGAUGUCUUCCACGUCACGCCUCCCUCGCCUCCCGAACACCACUAUGCUCCUGCACCCCCCGCCCAUGUCACCCCUCCUUCGCCUCCUCCUCAUCAACAAGAGCCCGCUGCUGCUCUCCACCCAGCCGAAGACUUUGUCCCGGAUGGUCUGCACGCUGCUGCUCCUGACGCACGCCGUGUAUCCGUCAUGGGUCUGCGUCCUCUGCCGCCAGACCACCCCGAUGACAACCCUGAACAACGUGCCAACCGUAUCCGCUCUUUCUACAAGGAAUACUUUGACGACAGCAAGCCCAAUCCCCAAGGACAGUACCAGAACGAGUACGAGGCAGACAUCUACGCCGACUACAGUGCCUACAUGUACGAAGCGCCUCAAGUCCCAUACGCCCAGCCCAUGGCUCGUCGUGCUAUGACUCCUCCUCCACGCGUAGGUGGUGGUCGCGUUCGCAGUAACACCUCUUUCGGCUCGACCGGUCACAUUGCCAACCCUGCUUUCCGCCGUCCUCCCCAGCAGCCCAGGAAACAGCUGCCUCCUCCCAUCGCCCUGCACAACCUGCCCACACCCUCGGCUCUGACCGAUGACAUGACUUUCACGCCCACUCUCUUCGCUCCUCCGGUAUCAUACCGUGAUCGCCAAGCUGGUCGCACCCCCAGCAGUCCCGCAAGGCCUUACAGCCCCUCUGUUCGUGCAUUCACACCUCUGGCAACUAGCUUUGACGACCUCAGUGUCAUUCCUAGCGCACACGCUCUCCGCAAGUCUUCAACCUUCACCGCUCUGGACUUUGCUCCCCCACCGCGUUUCCGCAACGAAGCUUCUGGAAGUGACGCUGGCAGUAUCCGCAGCAACCGCAGUGGCAUCUCCAACGUCCAGCAGAACGCCAUUCGUGCCGGUGCUUACCGCGUCAGUCGCUUGCCCGGAGACAUGGUCGGCACACAGAGCGAUCUCAACGCAGCCCUCAAGCCCACCUGGGACAUGAGCCGCUAA